AUGAAGAGCAUGGAGCUGACCUUGUUUCCCCAACAGCCUAACGGGCGUCUUGAAGAGAGUUUUUGGAACGGAACCCUACUGCCUAUCCUCGAUGAGCAGGGCAAAGUAAACGGCUUUUACAACCGGGCAACCGAGAUUACCAAUGAAAAGGUGAGGGAAAGGAGGUCGAAGAUGCUUUACUCAAUCAGCGCACCGCCAACAGAUCCGAAUGGGUCGGUUUGGGAGCAUCUUUUCCAAGCCUUGAAAGAGAACCCACAUGACUUCCCCAUGGCUUUCGCAUACUCGGCUGAAGAUGAUACCUCAUCUUGCAAGCUGACUUUACAACAAUCGUUGGGAUUACCGCCAGGUGGACAUCCUCUGGUUCCCAAGUACGUGGAUAUUUACGAAGGGUCCGCAGGAUUUCUAUUCUAUUAUCGCCGAUUGAAAGCCACAAAUAAACCGAUUAUACUCCAUCAUCUGGACAACACCCUCCCUAGAAAAUUCCUGGAAGGGUUCGAUUGGCGUGGCUACGGUGAUACCCCAAUAUCCAUGGCACUGAUACCUGUUUCUGUCAGCAGCAGACUGCUGGGUGUGGUCGUGUUUGGCCUCAAUCCGAGGAGAAACUAUCAGAAAGAAGAUGAAGCUUUCAUACAAUCCUUGUGUCGACAAGCAUCUGCCACCAUUGCCUUUGCUGUCGACCGUGAAGAAGCAUAUGAGCGCGCUGAAAGACUCACUCUACAGCUUCAAGAAAGGGAGCGGCAGAUCAGAGAGAUUGCUGAACAUGGCCCAGUGGGUAUGAUUCGUCUUACUCCUGCCGGAAAUAUCAUAUGGGCCAAUCGACAGUACUACGAGAUGACUGGUCACUCCCUCGAAGACAGAUACGAGUUUUCUUUCCUUGAGCCUCUCCAUCCCAGUGAAAAAGACCAUAUGAUGGGAGUGUGGCACGAACUGCUCAAGGAUCUUCAGCCCGUCAGCCAGGAGCUGCGACUACGAAAAACGUGGCAGCCUCCAGCUACUGCUGGAAAUCCAUGUCCGAGCGAAGAAUCUUGUUGGUUGAUGCUACAUGCAUUCCCAACUCUCGAGGAUGGAAAGGUCAAAAGCAUUGUCUGCUGUGUCACAGACAUUAGCAAAACCAAGUGGACAGAAGAAGUUCAGAGUCGCCUGGCUCUCGAGGCAACCGAGGCACGAAAGUUACAAGAGGCAUUCAUUGAUUUCGUGUCUCACGAGAUGAGGAAUCCUCUGGGGGCAAUUACCCAGCUUGCAGAUGGGAUUGCUGCGUCUCUAGACGACUGGACUUCGUCAGAUCGGUCACCAGAGGCCACACACCAGCUGCUCAAGGAUAAUGUCGAAUAUGCAAAGACAAUAUUGCUGUGUGCUUCACACCAGAAACGUAUUGUCGAUGAUGUUCUAACACUGUCAAAAUUGGACUCUCAGCUUCUCUCCAUCACCCCAGUUGUGACCAAACCACAUGUUGUGGUCGAGUCGGUGUUGACCAUGUUUCGAGCAGAGUUUAAUACACAUUCGAUCACUGUUGAAAGCGCUGCAGACGACACAUUGGAGCGAUACAACGUCGACUGGGUUUGUGUAGAUCCAGUGCGGCUGACGCAGAUAUUCAUCAACCUCUUAACAAAUGCAAUCAAAUUCACAAAACUCGAAGCUGUCCGCAAAAUCACUAUCCGACGAUCAGUUUUCAUCGGCCAGCCGCCGCACAUGGACAAUAUCGUUUGGUUUCCUGCGAAGAAACAGAAGCGUCCACCUAUACAGUUUCCUCAGUGGGCAGAAGGCGAGCCGGUAAAUCUACUUUUCUCGGUCUCGGAUACAGGCAGGGGCUUGGAACAGGAGGAGAUGGCUCGACUAUUCCAUAGAUUUCAGCAAGGGACGAAGAAGACGCAUAUCAAAUAUGGUGGCUCUGGUCUUGGGCUUUUCAUCUCUCGCGAACUUACCGAAAACAUGGGAGGCGAAAUUGGAGUGAUCACUGAAAGGGGCAAAGGCAGCACUUUUGCAUUCUACGUACAAGCACGCCGAGCAGCCGCUCCUGACGACGAUGUGCGGGUGCCCCAAGCUCCAGACUCAUCAUCGAUGCCGCGGCGUACGUCUACCGCUCUCAAGGCGGACAUUCCGGUUAGAGGAUCUCCCAGCAUCACUCCAACCGAGCGGCCGCCUUCUGUGCUUCUUGUUGAAGACAACAUCAUCAAUGCGCAGGUCCUCACCAAACAGCUCGAAAGGGGAGGUUGCACAGUUUACAAUGCGAAUCACGGAAUUGAGGCCCUGGAUUUCCUCCCCCGAACAAGGGCGUGGCACGAUUAUCGACCGAUCCAAAUGGUCGAGACUCCUUCAUCCAACCUGGACGUUGAUAUCGAUUGCAUAUUGAUGGACGUGGAGAUGCCGGUGUUGGACGGCUUAACGUGUACCAAGCGCAUACGGGAGCUGGAGCGAAAGGGAAAGUUGAGGCGACAUAUCCACAUCAUUGCGAUCACCGCGAACGCCCGGGCAGAGCAGAUUGAUGCGGCUUUUGAGGCAGGUGUCGAUGACAUCCUCCCCAAGCCAUUCCGCGUCGUGGAACUGCUGGAGAAAAUCGAGAACAACAGGAAGAAGGGCAAAAUUCCGAUCGAUGGUGAAUAG